AAAUCUUGAAAUUUUUGAACGAAUUAUCCGAACUAUCAACAAAUGAUGUCUGUUGGUGGCAGUUUUAAAUUUGACAGAUAACAGGGAACAGUAACAAAUGAUAGUAAACAGCGAAUUUCAUUUUCCGUUUUUUAUUUAUUGUGAUUUCCUAAGUUCCUACAAAAGUUAAGUGAAACAUCGGCCACGUGUAUAAAAAUUUGCAGCAUUUGUAUGGUAUGAAGAAUAUGAAUCAUUCUAACAUUGAUAUAAUAUUUAGGUAACUGGCAUAACUGCAAGAGAUGUUUUUCUUUUUCUUCCGCCUGCUUCUUUCCUCCAGGAAGAGCCUCUUCCAUUUAGCUGCUUCUGUCGACGCAUUAUGUCAAUCGCAAUUUUACACUGUUGAAUCUGUUGCAUAUGUGACCAAAAAACAGUUAGUAGCUAUCAAUGGAAUAUCUGAGGCAAAGGCUGAGAAGAUCAUCACAGCAGCAACAAAAUUGAUUCCCAUGGGCUUCACCACUGCAACAGAUGUUAUAAAAAAACGCUCUGAAAUGAUACAACUGACAACUGGCUCAAAUGAAUUAGAUAUACUUUUAGGUGGAGUCAUUGAAACUGGUUCAACCACAGAAGUUUUUGGAGAAUUUCGAACAGGAAAGACACAAUUGUGUCAUACAAUAGCUGUUACAUGCCAGUUGCCUAUCACUUUUAAUGGUGGUGAAGGUAAAUGCAUUUAUGUAGACACUGAAGGCACUUUCAGACCAGAAAGCAGUGGUAGCAGUAGCACAAAGAUACUAAUUAACAGAUUAUUCAGGAAGAGCGGAAUUAUCUGCUAGGCAAAUGCAUUUGGCCAAGUUUUUGAGGAUGUUGCUUAGAUUAGUUGAUGAGUAUGGCGUUGCUGUGUUAAUAACAAAUCAAAUGGUUGCUCAAGUUGAUGGAGCAGCAAUGUUCAAUGCAGACCCAAAGAAACCAAUUGGUGGUAAUAUAUUGGCAUACGCGAGCACAACUAGAUUAUAUAUGAG